AUGGAGGCAAGAAUCGCAGCGCUGGAGCCCGAUUGGGAGGCUCGACGCAUUUUCGUCAUGGACUAUCAGCCGAAGAAGCGCAAGAAAGACGAGAACUUACUCGUUGCGAAAAGCAUUUUGCAAUGGAACUUUGCGGAGCUCAAACGGCUACACGAGGAGUACACUGUUGAUAAGGAAUCUGAGGAGCACAAGGGUGUGGAGAGAAUGAAACGAGAUCUCAAAGAUCUCCAGGUGGAGAUCGAUCAGGUAAACCAGGACAUCAAAGACCAUCGUUCCAAGCCCAGAUACCUUCGUUGGCCCGGAAUCGACAGCAAACUAAAGGGGCGUUGCGAAGAUACAGUCGUACAAACGAGGAUCAACUUCCACACUGUCCGACAAACCUCGGAACACGUCAUGACAUUCGGCAAACGCAACGCAUCGAUUGACACAACAUCACCUAUAUCUGGACCUUCUCCCUCUUCAGGAGCUAGCACACCCAAGUCAAGUCCAGAUCAGCCCCCUGGGCCUACUUUCUACCCACAGGCUAGCUCUGGCGUUCCACCCACAUGUCAUGAACGGGUACCCGCUGCACGCGAAUACUUGCAAGCUCACAAUAUCCCGAAUAGUGUUUCGGCUGAUGGUCGUUUGCAGAUUUUCGCCACCAGUGCUAUGCACGAAAAUGAUAACAACCUGCAAAUACUCACGUCUCACGUUUCUCGGGUUUUCGAGAUUCUAGAUAACGCGGGAAAUAACGGGGAACCCACGUCGCAAGAAGGUCUGCCCCAGCUUCAGGACCCUGCUUGGUUCAGAGCAGCGGUGGGAGUCGCUACCUCGGAGGAGCAUAUUAUAUCACCGGCUUCGCGUACUGAUAUUCAAGCCCCUAUGUUCCGUUAUGGCCCAAUUAACAUCGGCAUCUAUAACCAACACUACAACCAGAACCCACAAUACGUCGCAAACGAAGGUGUCAACGUUUUUGCGAACCGAUCUCAGUUUUACAACUCCUCCUUUCAGAACGGGUCGGACAACACAGGUUCCACUUAUAUCAAUAGCGAUGCCAGCAGCUUGCUGUCGGGUUCCGACGCUAUGGAUAUAUCAUAG